UUUUUGCACUUGUCAUUCAUGUUUAUAUUUUUCAACAUGUGUUUUAUGAUAUAUGUAAAUUUUAAUAGAAAAACAGCGGAUAAAAAACCUCUCUCGUCAAUUUUUCCCUCUAAAAUUCUCUCUAGAAAACCUACUUUUUUUCUCUGCCGUUUGGGUGGCCGGUGACCUUCUCGUCUCCUUGCUCUACCCCCCCCCCCCCCCCCCCCCCCCCCCCCCCCUCUCUUCCUUGCUUUUUUUCCUCUUCGCAUUUCCUCUCCCUUCUCUUCCUUCGUUUCCUUUCUGGGUCUCUGAAUCUUCGACGUCAUCGCGGUGCUAGAUCUGGCGCUAUGGGGUUUUGAUAUCCGGAGAAACAAGGCAGAUGAGUGGAUGAGGAUUCUCUCUGGUCAUUCGUGGUGGCGGUGGUCUGGAUCUGGCGUAAGAUCUGGAUUUGGGUUCGGGUUUUUCUCGUUCCUUUGCCUCCUUUGUCUGUCCUUCUCCGUGUGGGUGAGUCGUCUCGGUUGGUUGAAGGCGUCGUCAUUUUCCCUAGUUUGGUGGGGUCGCGGUCAUUUUGGUGCAUGUUCGAUGGCUUGUGGCGUGUACUAGUUGCUCCUUCUCCAAAUCAAGCUCGUUAUUGCCUUUGUGGGUGUUCUCUAUCUCAGGUGAAGUUCUAUCUGCGGAAGCUGCAAUUUAAGAUGUAUCCACAAGUUGUUCUUGAUAGUCUGAUCCUUAAGAGUAUGAUCACCGGGUACGCUGUUAAUCUACCGGGUACGCUGUUAAUCUACCGGGUUCAUCUCUCGUAAUCACUGCAGGUUUUGAUUUUGUGGCAAGUGGUGUUCUAUUUUGGUUGUAUGCUUAGCUUGAAUCAAUCCUUACUUAGUUAAAUUGAAUAUGUGUUAGUUUAUUUUAUGUCUCUUUAUUUCAUGUUAUUUAUGUAUUUUCUGUAACGAACUCAAAAACUCGGUAAUAUAUCUUAACAUUGUUACCAAUAAUAUAUGUAAAUUUUAGCUUUAUUUUCAUUUAGAAUAAAUGUUUUGGGCCUUUACUGGACACGACACGCUAAUUGAGUUUCUAAGUUGAUGCCUUCUAUAGGCCCCAUAUGUAAUCCACCUCUAAUCAAUAUUGUACCGAAGAUAAAUUAUAUAGCUGAAUGUAUAAUUGGUUUACAGCUGGGGAAUGAAUCACGUUUAACGUAAUGUACGGCAUAAGAACUGUAGGCGCUUUGUUUCUUGUAGGUUUCAAAUUUCAAUAAAUGUCAAUAUGAAAAUAAUUAAGUAAACAAAUACGUAAUUUAAUAUGAAAAGAGGCCUAAAGAUUGGGAAUAUGAGAUAUAUUAGAGUAAAUUCUAAGAAAAUGUCCGUUUCAAUGCAACAUUUGCGUAUUUUCAUACUCAUGCAUGUGUAGUAUAUUUAUGCCACCAAAUCUUACUUACAAUGUUGAGUGCAUAUUAUGUAAACAUUGAAAAGAAUCAAAUAUCUAGAAAAGGUUACUACAUGGACUAUAAGAAGAAACCAAACAUAAUUGAAUUCAUGGAAAGAGGCCAUUACUUUCUUUGGAAAUUAGGCAGAAAGUAUAUUAUGGAUAUGAGACUAUAUAGUUUGCGAGUAUCCAUAGAUUUCUGUGAUACCAGCAAGACCAGUCCAUCCAGUGAGGGAGCCAGACAAUGGUUUAACCAGGGGCAAUACAAGAUUUGACCUAAAUUUAUAGGAGGCAUUAGAAGAAAUUUGAUCACCUAAACCUAGAAAUUUUAAAUAAUCAAUGGAAAUUCAUAAAAUUUCAAAAUUUCAUAGGGGGCAGCUGCCCCCCCCCCCCUUCUGCAUUCUCUCCCUCCGCCGCUGAGUCCAUCCUAUUGCAUUGGUAGUUCAUCCAAGGAUGAUGGCAAGUGACUUCAUAAAGAUAAAUACGAUGAGAGAGAAAUUGAAAGGACUUCAAGUGAGAGAGAAAUUUUGUAGUUUCAAUCAAAACCAAAUAUAGUUCUUAUUGUUGUCUUCUCCUAUAGAACUCACGUAUUCGAAGUUUCAACUAUACAUAAUAAAUAUCUAAUUACCAUAUAAUAAAUAAUGCUAGCUAUUAUAGAUAAGCAAACGUGAAAUAUGCUAUUAAGCUAUAUAUAGUUUAUUUUUGUUAAAGCAUUAAGCUAUAUAUAGUUGAUAAAAACGAGUUUUUAUCACAAAAAUGAUCACCAAGUCAACUACCACCGUGCAUAAUGGACGGAUGUGCAGUGCAAUAUUCAAAUCUUAUUUAUACAGCUCAAUUAAUUCAAAUCUCACUAUAAACUACUUUUUGGCUUAAUUCGAACCGUAUACCGAAAUUGUAACGAAUAUGUUAUGAAUUAAAGAUGUAAAGUUAAAAAACGUGCCCGCCAACAAAAAACUAGGUCAUACCAUACCAAAGUACAAUGUAAUAAAUUCAAAACUUUGACAAUUUAACGUUUUUAAUGGCACCACUCCGCCUCCCAUUCUUCCUUGAACGUAAAGUAACAUUUUUACUCUUUUAUUGCACUCAUUUUCAUACAACUUUUUCACAAAUCACAUACACAAAUCCCACACGUUUAUGCCAACUAUUACUCAAUAUCAUAACUUUAAAAAUUAAAUAAGUUAUCAUGUACUUUAUUCUCCUAACUUAUUUAAAACUCGAUUCAAGCUGUAAUUUCUUGGAGAGUAACAAAAAUAAACACUUUUUAAAAUCCAUAAAUCCCAUAUCCUUUUUCUCUAACCAUUUAUCUUAUCUACCUCUCUUUCUCUCUCUUUCUCCAUGAGCGCUCUUGCUUCUCAUCCUUCUUCAUCACAAGUUCCUCUACAAGGCUAUGAAGAAACACCCUAAGCCGUGUAGUUUCCUCUUCCACAUCUCUCUACUCUCUGUGAUGUUCGUCUUUCUUCUUGUUUCUUUUGCAUUUACAACCUCGUACACGCGUAAAUCAGGCAUUGGUCUCAGUCAUAAGAGAAUUCUAGCAAGUAAUUUUGACUUUACACCGUUUAUCAAGAUCAAAGAUCGAACUCAACGUCAACGUCGAAGUCAAAGCCUGGCCGGAGAAGAAACCGGUUCUUUGUAUAACGAUGAGGAACGGCUAGUACCUAGCGGUCCAAACCCUUUGCAUCACUAGCUAAAAUGUCUUCGAUUCUGUAGAUUUUGAUGCUUUGCUUUUGAAUCAAUACAUAUGUUAUUUUAUAUAUUGUGCAAAUGUAUUAACCAUUAUAUUUGCUUAAGGUUUCUUGAUCUGAGAAAUGUGGUUCGUUAGUAUAUAUCAAUAGCUUCAGUUUCUAUAUAUGUAGUGUAGGUUCUAUCUGUCCUAUACUAGAUAUAUAUAUAUAUAAUAUUUGUUGAACAUAAGUAACUAAUUUAUAUGAAUAUAUUGAUUUUAUCCCCAAAAAUGAAUAUAUUGAUUGAUAUAAUGUAGAUUGCGUUAAUUUUUUAAAAACAUCACGACAAUUUGUUUGUUUGAAUAUAUUUUCCUUUUAUUAAAAUGUUAAAUUUAUCAAACAAUAAAUUAAUUAUUUAUUUCUCCACUACAUUAUUAAUAUUGAUUUGUUUUAUUGUUAUAUUGAAGAAUAGCCCAUUUGUUUUGUUCUGAUUGUAAAGUUCUUUGCUAUUAUGCAAGAAAAUAUCUAUAAUACAACAUAUAAAACUGACAAUAUGUUAUUCGUGUUAUCUUGUAAAGUACGUCUGAAUAUAUAUGUAGGGUGUCCAAAAAGUUUUUAUAUUGAUCUAUCUCAAACAAAAACUUGUAUAUUCUUAACAUUUACACCCAAAAAAGAAAAAAAGACUUGUAUAUUCACUACAAGAAAACAGCGGCAUACUAAGGGAAAAAAUCGUCGGUAUGUCGUCGGAAUAACGCUAUUCCGAGGACAUACAGACGAAAAAAGUCUUCGGAAAUAAUUCUUCGGAAUUUCAUAUUUCCUCGGAAUUCCCUCGGAAAUUUCCGAGGGAAUUCCGAGGAAACUAAAUUCCGAGGAAACUCCGAGGACCAUAAGUUCGUCGGAACGUUCCUCGGAAUGUUCAUCGGAAAUUUCCAAGGAACGUGGCCCUCGGAAAAUUCCGAGGAACUUCUUUCCCUCG